AUGUCUGAUAAUAUUCCUCUUCCGUCAGUCAAAGAAGUUAUUGAAUGGGUCUCGGAUGAUGUUAAUACUUUUCUGAGAUCUAAAAUAAAAAAAUUUCUCAGGAAUCAAGACUUUAAAAAAAUCGAAGACAACUGGGUCUCUGGUCCAGCCUUUCUUAAGCUAACUCUAGAAAAGCUUCUAGCCUCCCCUUAUGAACUUCCCGAAAUCAUGUGUCUUAGUUCCAAUGAUUGGAAUAGUCUUAGUGAGUUACAUACACUUUUGGAAAAAGUUUUUGGUCUCAGGGGCGCAUUAUUAGAUCAUAUUUUUUCUAUUGGGGAUAAAUACAUAAAUAUUAGCUGGUCGAAAGAUGUCUUGAUCGAUUAUAUUAAAAAACAAAAAUGCUCGGCUAAUAAUCCAAUUAGAAUAUCAGACAAAAAGACAGGUGGAUUACCAGCACCAUCAAAGCUUGGAGAACCUGAGGAAUGGUACAAACGACAGAAAAAUAAUGCUGUUGAUGCUAUUUGUCUUAAUCACUGUCCCUCAACAGCUUCUAGUUCUGUACCUGUUAGCUUGCUUUGUUCAGUUUUUGGAAAAUUUAAGGAUUUAUGUAAUGAGCUUUUAGAAAGCGAAGAUAAUCUUUUCGCUUAUGAUUUUUGUUUUGAAAUGGUAAAAUAUUAUAAUUACGAAUCGGAGCGUCAAACUAAGGCAAAUAAAAUGCUAUCUGAAUAUCUCAAACGCUCUGUACAACCAAUUGUGACUGAAGAUCAUUGUCAUACAGAUGGUACUGUAUGUUAUGGUGAUGGCCCUAACGCAUAUCGUGAGGUUAAUGUGAAAUACAAGAGGCAUAACUGCAGCUCCGAUGCCUGUCCCUACCUUGAAAAUUGUGGAUAUUAUUUAAUUUUUUGCGCGAAAAAAAAGGAACAUUCCUUCUACCAUGUGACUAAUUUUUCAUGCUUUUUGAUUGAAAUUUCUGGUAUAGUAAUAAAUUUAGUUGAUAUGUCUUGGUCAGAAUUUGCAACUAACUUUACUUUUUUAGGACCUUACUUUUCUGUUUCCGGUGCUGUGUUUGCAGAUGUUGCUAUAGUUGACCCGCUCACUCCAGUCUUUCCUCUUAUUUGGCAAAAACAUGACGAAGCGAUGAUGGUAUCAAUUGCCAAAACAUUUCGUGCUUUGAAGAUAUCUCUCCGACUUCUCGAUCAAUAUUAUGCUAAUGUUGAUGAAUUAAUUCAAGACGAACCUCAAACUGACCAUCCCGUGCAUCCUUCAUUUCCGGAAGUGAUUAUAGACGAUAAAUCUUACAUGGUUCAAAUUAAUUUCCAAGUUAGCACAAAUCUUCUUUGGGAAGUUACACUUUUAAAUGAACAAGGGCCUCAUCUUACAGCCUACGUGAAAGCUGCUCAAAAACAUCGAUAUUCACUUGAUAUACAUAAGCUCUUAGAUGAAGUUGGAUAUGCACCAAAAGUCUUUACUACUUCAGUAAUUCCUGGAAAUUGGAUUUUGGUUUAUAUGGAAAGCCUGAACAAUCAUUCAAUACUACAUAAUAUUACCUCUAACCUUGAUGAUCAAAAACGGAGUUCUCUGAGAAAAAAAAUAAAAGAGGUAGCUGAAUAUUUGCAUAAUUCAGGAUACAUUCAUAGAGACUUGUGUGAAGGAAAUAUUCUAGUUCGUCAACUUGAAGAUAACGAAUUUGACGUUAAAUUGAUUGAUUUUGAAUGGUCUGGAAAAGUUGGUUCUGCGUGUUAUUCUCCCUUUAUGAAUCGUAAAAAUAUUCAAUGGCCGGAUGGUGCAGAAGAUUGGAAACUAGUUACAAAAAACCACGAUCUUUUUAUAUUAGAACAAACUCUUCGGAAAAAAAAUUUGUUAUAA